UUCAACGUAACCUCGAUCCCGAGGUUUAAAAAUGGCGAAAAAGUCUGUCCUUUUCAUUUGCCUGGGUAAUAUUUGUAGAUCACCCAUUUCAGAGGCAUUGUUUGUAGACUUAUUAGAAAAGAAAGGAGAAAGGGAUUCAUGGAAAGUAGACAGUGCUGCGAUUAUAGAUAUGCAUGUAGGGAAAAAUCCAGACAAAAGAACAACCAGAACACUACAGAAAAACGGCAUCACCUCUUACAGCCACAAGUGUAGACAGAUCAGAACUGCAGACUUCUCAGACUUUGAUUACAUAGUUGGUAUGGAUGAUGAUAAUAUGGGUGAUUUAAAUGAUUUGAAACCUAAGAACUGUAGAGCUAAGCUGGUUAUGUUUGGUGACUAUGACACAGAUGGCAGUAAGACAUAUGUAGAGGAUCCUUAUUAUAGUGAUGAUAUACAAGCCUUCCAAGAUGUGUAUGACAAAGUCUACCGAUGCUGUCGAGGGUUUUAUGAUAGUGUAACAUCAUGAGAAUUUUAAGACUACUCAAA